AUGGACUACGUGUCAUUGCCAAAAAUUGAGCUACAUGCCCACCUCACUGGAAGUGUAUCCCGCCUUACAUCGCACGAGAUAUGGAAAAGGAAGAAAGCCGCAGGCCAAACUGAUCUCCAGGACCCGCAGGUGGUCAUGCCCGAGGGCAAACAUGACUACAAUCUCCAGACUUUCUUCCCCCUCUUCAGCAGCUUCAUCUACAAUCUCCUCACGGACGAGGAGUCGGUUCGCUACGCCGUAAACAGCGUGCUACAGGACUUCCUGGCCGACGGCGUUGUGUACCUGGAGCUGCGGACCACGCCGCGGUCCUCGGCCACCAUGUCUGCGGAGGGCUACAUCGCAACCAUUCUCGCUGCGAUUGAAGAGUUUGAAGCGUCACACCCCCGGCUGCACACUCGUCUGAUAUUGUCCAUUGAUCGCCGCCAUUCCAGGCAAACGGCAGAAUCCAUCCUUGACCUCGCAAUCCGUCUGCGAGACACACAAGGGUGUGGCGUCGUCGGCAUCGACUUGUGCGGAGAUCCCACUGCGCGUCCGGGGGGCGACGUUGCCGUGUUUACUCCCGUCUUUGAGCGAGCCUCGAGCGCCGGGCUGGCAAUCACGCUCCAUUUUGCAGAAGCAGAGGCCAGUGCAUCGCGCGACGAGCUCCGCACGCUGCUCUCCUGGGAUCCCCGCCGGCUGGGACAUGUAAUAUGGGAGGACGAAGAAGCCAGGAAGCUGAUUGCAGAGAGGGGACUGUGCUUGGAGCUCUGCCUGAGUUGCAAUGUGCAGGCGGGCAUGGUUCACGGGGGGUUUGAGGGCCACCACUUCGGGCAUUGGAAGGACGUCAAGGGCCCCAAGAUCUCGCUGGCGAUCCUCGAAUGGGCCUUUGGGAAGCGCAUGACGCCGGCUGAGCGUCUGCGCAAGAACCAGCGAAUGCUCGACAAGGCGAUCCGAGAGCUCGACCAAACGCGCGUCAAGCUGGAGAAGCAGGAGAAGACGCUGAUACAGCAGAUCAAGACCAGCGCCAAGAACGGGCAGAUGGGCGCUUGCAAGAUCCAGGCCAAGGACCUGGUCCGCACGAGGCGGUAUAUCGAGAAGUUCUUUUCGAUGCGUAGCCAAUUACAAAAGAUUUCAUUACGACUUCAGCUUCAACGAAUCGCCAUGGAAUUUGAACGAGAAAACGACAUCAUGGAGCAGAGGCAGGAGAUGAUGGACGACGCCGUCGACGAUGCCAUGGAUGUUGGUGUCGAAGAAGAAGGCGACGAAGUGGUCGAACAAGUCUUGGAAGAAAUCGGCAUUGACUUCAACCAAUCCCUUGGGGAGACGCCGACGGCAAUAGGCAAUCCUGCCAUUGCGGAAGGCAAAGUUGCACAGGCUGUUGGGGGAGGAAGCGGCGGCGACCCUGUUGAUGAUGACCUUCAAGCCCGACUUGAUAGCCUGAAGAAGUAA